AUGCAGUUUUCACUUCAAAGCUUUUACCACCAAGUUUCUUUUACUAUUAUAGAGCUCUCAGAUGAAUAUUUCCCUUGGCAAUCUUUUGUAAUUUGAAGUGACUUGACAAUCUUUUUCAAAAAAUAUUCUGUAAAAGCUGCAUCAAUUCCUUUAUGCCAAUUACAAUUUGCAGAGCUAAAUAGCACAUUCAAUUGUUUGAAAAUUUUAGCUUUUAAAGCUUCAUUCUCUCUUGCCAAAAUCCUUUCAAAAGGUUACUCAUAUCUUAAUAUGCACAACUGUAUGAUUUAA